AGUGUCAGCCUGCACGCCUUCUCCAGGCCGCCUUGCCAACACAGCCACCAGCCUGGAGCGCGGGGCUCGGUUCUCCUGGGCCUCGUGGCUGCUAGUGUGACCUUGGGUCUUGGCCAUGAGCUCCUCUGGAGGAAGGAGACAGAGAACAGCAGGUCCUAUGGGGAGAAGAGCUCACAGACCUCGGGAGCAGGACAGAGACGUGCAACUUUCCAAGGCUCUGUCGUAUGCCCUGCGCCAUGGGGCCUUGAAGCUGGGUCUUCCCAUGGGAGCUGAUGGCUUCGUGCCCCUGGGCCACCUCCUGCAGCUACCCCAGUUCCACAGCUUCUCAGCUGAGGAUGUGCAGCGGGUGGUGGAGACCAAUGGGAAGCAACGGUUUGCCCUGAAGCAAGGAGAUCCCAGCACUGGCCCUCUCAUCCGGGCCAAUCAGGGUCACUCUCUACAGGUACCUGAGUUGGAGCUGAUGCCCUUGGAGACACCACAGGCCCUGCCCCCAAUCCUAGUCCAUGGUACAUUCUGGAAGCACUGGCCAUCCAUCCUGCUCAAUGGCUUGUCUUGCCAAGGAAGGACGCAUAUCCACUUGGCCCCAGGACUGCUUGGGGACCCUGGUGUGACCAGUGGCAUGCGUCCAAACUGUGAACUGGCCGUCUUCAUCAAUGGCCCCCUGGCCCUGGCAGAUGGAAUCCCCUUCUUCUGCUCUGCCAACGGGGUGAUCCUUACUCCAGGGAAUUCUGAUGGCUUCCUGCUUCCCAAGUACUUCAAGGAGGCCCUGCAGCUGCGCCCUACCCGAAAACCCCUCUCCUUGGCUGGUGAUAAAGAGACAGAGUGUCAGAGUGGCCCCAAGCACAGCUCCAGAGGAAGAAGGAUGGUCCAACAAUAAAAUAUUUAUUUAUACAAACGAAAUUUAAGGCUGGGGUGUGGCACAAGUAGAGUACUUGCCUAACAAGCGUGAGGCCUUGAGUUCAAUCCCCAGUACCACCAAAAGAAUAAAAGAAAAAAAAAUAAUUCAAAACAGUCACACAAAAAACCUCCAGUUUGAAACCAGGAUUUCUCAUUCUUUAGUUGCCCCUGGUCUCCCUUUGCUCA